AUGGUGGCUCUCUGUCUGGCCGUGCUUUGUAUGUGCCUCGAUAUGACAAUCAUUAGCACGGCGAUCCCUCGCAUCACAGACGAUUUUCAUGCUCUUGACGAUGUCGGGUGGUAUGCUUCUUCGUAUAUGCUGACAUUGAGUGCAUUUCAACUAUUUUACGGCAAGCUUUAUACCUUCUUCUCCGUCAAGUGGAUCUUCAUGAUGGCCAUAUUCUGGUUCGAGAUUGGCAGUGCCAUUUGCGGCUCUGCGGUGAAUUCUACGGCGUUGAUCGUGGGAAGAGCCAUUGCAGGAUUUGGAUCAGCGGGUAUCUUCAGUGGAGCAUUGCUGAUCAUUGCUGCGAGUGCGCCUCUGUCGAAGAGGCCUACGUACAUCGGAAUCCUGGGGGCCAUGUAUGGGAUUGCCUCGGUGACCGGUCCACUCAUGGGUGGUGCCUUUACGGAUAAGCUCUCCUGGCGGUGGUGCUUCUACAUCAACCUUCCCCUGGGGGCCGUCACCGUCAUAUUCAUUCUCGUCUUCUACAGAGAGACCGAGCAGUCUCGUGCACAGAUGCUCAACGAUGGCUGGAAAGCUCGUCUCUCGCAAUUCGACCUCGAGGGACUGGCGAUUUUCUUGCCCAUGGUGAUCUGCUUGCUCCUGGCUCUGCAGUGGGGAGGUGCCAAGUAUCCGUGGUCCAGUGGUCGCAUCAUCGCGUUGCUUGUGGUCUUUGGACUCGCCCUAAUAGCCUUCGUGGCGAUUCAGUUCUGGAAGCAGGACAAGGCCACCGUACCCGUACGCGUGUUGAGGCAGCGCUCCAUCGCAGCUUCAUCAUGGCUCGCAUUCACGCUGGGAGCCUCAUUCUUCGUCUUUACAUAUUACAUCCCCAUCUGGUUCCAGGCGAUCCAGUCGGCGUCUCCAGUACAGUCCGGCAUUCGCAAUAUCCCGAUGGUGCUGUCGGUGGUGGUCAGCUCGGCCCCCACCGGCGUGGCGGUGACAUUGAUCGGCUACUACACGCCCUUUGCGCUACUGUCCUCGGUGCUAAUGCCGAUCGGCGCAGGCCUGACUACGACUUGGACGCCCGAUAGCAGCGCUUCCAAAUGGAUCGGCUACCAGGUUCUUCUGGGGCUCGGGGUGGGAUUCGGGUUUCAGCAGACGAUGCUCGCGGCGCAGACAUGCCUGCCGAAGAAAGAUGUUCCGAUCGGGACGGCCAUUGUCGUCUUUUUCCAGACGCUGGGUGGAGCCAUCAUCGUCUCGGUCGCGAACAACAUCUUCUCCAGCCGAUUACUGUCGGGUAUCGUGCGGGUGGUUCCCGAGCUAGACCCGAGUAUUGUGCUGAAGACGGGAGCGACGUCUUUGCGGGAUGUGAUUCCGGUCGAGUACCUCCCCGCCGUCAUCAGUGUCUACAACGAGGCACUCGUGGGCACCUUCUACGUUGGCACAGCCAUGGCUGCACUGACCAUCAUCGGCUCGGCAUUACUCGAAUGGAAGAGUGUCAAGGGACAAAAGGUGCACAUGGUAGCAGCCUGA